AAAGGACACUUCUGUUUUUCUGAAUAAAACAGAAAUGAACAGGAAUACCCAGGCCCAUUUCUGAAUACAGAGCUGGAAGACCUAGUUUGAGAGAAGUAGGGAAGGGAGUGAGGUUAAGUGGCACUUCUGUAAACUCACCUGUGACUCCUGAAGCCACUAUGAUUGGAAUUUGUUUUGGUAAUGCUAUAGCAGAAUACUACAGUGAUGAGUGGUACCUGGUAAACCCCAACAAUAGGCCAGGGGUUGGAGAUCUUCCGUUGACACUAGUCUCUUUUUUGCUCUUUGGCUCUCCAUGCGAGCCAGAGACAAAUGGAUGCAAUCGCAAGUGCCAGCCUCAAGAGAAAGUUUGAUGAUGUGGACGUGGGCUCGCCCAUCUCCAACUCCGACGAUGAGAUCUCCAACAGCGACAGUGCAGACAGCUGUGACAGCGUCAAUCCUCCUAGCUCUACCGGCUUCAUACCGACCUCCAUCUUGAAAAGGCAGAAACAGUUGCGCAGGAAGAACGUGCGCUUUGACCAGGUGACCGUGUACUAUUUUGCAAGGCGCCAGGGAUUCACCAGCGUGCCAAGCCAAGGCGGCAGCUCCUUGGGCAUGGCCCAGCGCCACAACUCCGUCCGCAGGUACACCCUUGGUGAGUUUGCUCAGGAGCAAGAAGUGAAUCACCGUGAGAUCCUCCGAGAGCACCUGAAGGAGGAGAAACUCCAUGCCAAAAAAAUGAAGCUGACAAAGAACGGCACCGUGGAGUCAGAGGAGGCGGAUGGUUUGACUCUUGAGGAUGUCUCCGAUGAUGACAUUGAUGUUGAGAACGUGGAGGUGGACGACUACUUCUUCCUGCAGCCACUGCCCACCAAGCGCCGCCGUGCCCUCCUUCGAGCCUCCGGCGUUCAUCGCAUUGAUGCAGAGGAGAAACAAGAACUCCGCGCCAUCCGUCUCUCCCGGGAGGAAUGUGGCUGUGACUGCCGGCUGUACUGUGAUCCUGAGGCCUGCGCCUGUAGCCAGGCUGGAAUUAAAUGCCAGGUGGACCGAAUGUCCUUCCCGUGUGGCUGUUCCAGAGAUGGCUGUGGAAACAUGGCCGGGCGAAUUGAAUUCAAUCCCAUCCGGGUGCGGACUCACUACCUGCACACCAUUAUGAAACUAGAGCUGGAGAAUAAGCGUCAGGUGAGCCGGGCCCAGACUCUGGAUGACGAGACCCCUCCUAGCUCCAGCAGUGACUGGCUGGGCACCCAGUCCCCAGAGACGCAGGACUUCCAGGAGUUCAUGGCCGAGAACGAGACGGCGGUCAUGCACCUUCAGACAGCAGAGGAGCUGGAGCGAUUGAAGGCAGAAGAAGACUCCAGCAGCGGCUCCCACAGCGUGGAGAGCCUCGGCGUGUGCAUUUUGGAAGAGCCUCUUGCGGCCCCCGAGGGGAUGUGCCCCAGCCUGGCCACGCCCAUCCUCAUUCAGGCCCAGUUGCCUCCAGGUUCCUCAGUUCUGUGUUUUACGGACAGCUCUGGACAAGCUAGCUCAGCCGAGGGCGACCAACCCUUCUUGAACCAUGGGCCUGUGGUGUACUAUCAGGUCGACCAAAGGUCGGUGCUGGGGGUGAAGGGCGAGAGCAGCGCAGAGGAGUCGGAGGUGCCUCCUCGCUGCACUGAGGAGAAGGAGCUGAGUGUCUAUUCCGUCCCCGUGGCCUCACUGGUGCCUUGUGGCCGAGCCACAGCCUCCAGCAGGGCAGAAGCAGGCAAGACUGCUGUGUCCCUGGAGCCCCUUCCUUCUGACAGCUGUCAGUCUGAAGUUCCUCUGCCAAGCCUGCCCUUCCACACAAAUGUGCCCCAGGACAGUUUGCGGCCCCAGAGCACAGGGCCAUCUCCAGAGAGCACCUGUGAGCUUCCCUCCUCUGAGGAAUGCUCUCUGGGACCUGCGCUGACUGUGUGACACAUCCCAACCCAUCACAGCUCUUACCUUGAUGAUGUCUAUUUAUUGACAGCGGUUUUCUCUAAUGGCCUCGGCCACUGGGAGUUAUUUAAUAUGGGGCAGGGGGAUGGGGUGGCUGGGAGAGGAGGGGGACUGCUUUGUACAGGCUCACCAUAAAAUUAACUAAAUCAAGCGCUUACGGCUGCCUCCAGGUAAGAGGGUCCCUUUGCAGAUUGGUUGGCCUCUUGAGACUGAAGCGGCUGGACCAUAGACAAGGGACAGUCCGACCAGAGCUGCUAUGUUGGAGGCACCUUACCCCACCCUACAAGGACCAAACAUGAAUGUGUCUCAAGGAAGCAAUAGAGCGAAGCUGCCUUUUCUUCUAAAGCGCUUGGCGGGUUGUGGGUGGGUGGGCGGGCAGAAGAGAACAUUGUUACUAUUAUACGAUAUCAAGGAACUGUUAUGUGCAGUGGAAUCUCCUUCUCCAUCCAGUAGCUCCUCCCAGGUGAAGCUGCUGCCCUCUGUACCACCCUGUCAUCUUCAGUGAUUUGUCUUCUUGGUAACUGUGCUCUUACCUGCUUUAACUGCUCUGACCCGUUUACACAGCUUGGGCUCUUCAAAACUCCUUAUUUAUGUGACAUUUGCUACCCUUCUUCCCCUGGAAAAAAAAACUAUAUAUAUUUUUAAAAUUCAAUAUGGAUUAACUUUGAUCAUGACUGGUUACGUCUACAGUUUGGCAUGCAACUGUCGUACAGGACCAUUUUCACCCUGGAGUCUCCUGGACUUACCAGUAGCUUCAUCCAAACUGGUUCACUUUCCGUCUUGCUGGCCCUUAAUGGGAACUGGUGAGAUCAAUUGGUUUAAAUGUUUUUUUUUAUUGUGCUGAAUGUUUACUGGGGCAUCUUGUGACCCCAUUACCUGUAGCUGACACUUCGAUGUCCAUUCUGAGCUGGGGGGUCUCCUGCCUCUGUGACUUUAAAGCCCUUCUGGGGUCUGGUUCUAUGACUGCCCCAGGGUGGGUAGGGCCCACCUUCUCAGUGGAGGUGUAAAUGGAAGUUUUGGGGGGACAGGAGGUAUACAAAGUACUUAUCCUUCUUCUGUCCCAUAGUUUUAUUAAUUAUUUACUCCUUUCUCUUCAGCUAUUACAAGAUGUUCCAUUCAAGUUGCACAAGAGUUUGGAGGUGAAAGCUUUUUGUUCUACACGCGUACACACACACACACACACACACACACACACCUUGAUAGCAACUUAGCAUUCUGGAUGAAUGGCAGGCGGUCAAUAUGCAAUAGAACUGCAGCUGCCACAUUGCAAGCACAAGGGUGCCAGCAAAUGUGCAAUAAGGUGGUAGUGGAGAAGACUCCCAUGUUGUAUGCAUCUGCUGUAAUCUCCAUCCCAAGAAGGUGUGCAAUUAACUUUUCCUGUUAGUCCUGGAAUAAAAGUGGGGGAAUGGGAUAUCAUUAGAGAUGCCAUUCACCACCCUCUAUGUCUUACUGACCACUUUCCUCCCUGUAGGAUAACAAAAGCACUUUUACCCUCCACCCUCCUGGGCAUCUUCUUCCCCUUUCUUUUUGUAGUAAAUAGAAGAUAAUUAUUGCCUUCUGCUGCAGUUACCUGUCCUGACCCAUAAAAAAAAACAAAGAUGUCUGUGCUGGUCCCUCAGAAGAAAACCUCAACAUCCAUACCAGCAGCAGAGUCUUAACCCAUCUCUAGACUUCAACCUCUUAUCACAGUGAGAAAUGGUAACUAAGCAUCUCUGGCAACCGAUCUAGAAAAGCUUAACCUUCUGAAAUGACACUACAUCCCAGGGAGAUACGGCGGACAGAAGCAAAUGUCCAGGAAGAGACUAGCAAGGAAAGGGGAUGGGGGAGAACACUGGCUGUAACUUGGGCUUCUGGCCCUCAAUGCUAUUACACCCCAUGGAAGUCUCAAGUUUUGUGUUGAUGGGAAAAUAAACCGGAUUCAACUAUAAAAAGGCUUCAGUAUUUUAACUCCUUGAUUUUCCUACCCCUCCAAAGCUUUCCUUGUGCGGUUUAGUGUAUAUGGUAUACUGGAGCCUUCUGUGCUUUGCCACCUUCUGUUGCAGUGAAUUGUCUAGAAAUGGUACCAGUGUGUUUAGGAGGCGGACUUCUCCCUUGUGCAAUGGCUUUAAAAUGGGGGAAAGGACCUCAAGAACUUGAGUAUGGCCUUAAAAUGUCUGUCAUAGUCCCGUUUUCUGCCUUGCAAAGCAAAGGGUCAUACACACAAAUGUCGCUGUGUGGCUACACCCACAUGCCUCAGGCCUUGUUGCUGGGAGUUCUGCUGCUGUUUGGAUUUUCCUCCCAUGCUUCUCUACUGCCUAAUGUUUAGGCUUCAGAGGGGCACUGGUGACUAAGAAUCCUCCCCAGUUUCCAUACUAGUCGUUUACAAAAUAAAAGGUGCUAUAAAAAGCUGCCUUUAUUUUCAAAGGCAGCCAUUUCUAGAGGCUGCCCUUGCAAUAGCAUAGAUCUAGUGUGCCUGAGUUCAGAAGCAAGAGGGUCCCAGCAGCAAGUAGGAAUGUGCUGCCUGUAGGAAGCUGCACAGACUGUCCUCCAGUUCCAGCGGUGCAAAUGGCAGGCUGAUGGCUCAAAGGCAAUAGGGAGAAAAUGUGCUGGCUAAGAUCAUCUUAGGCCUUAGCUAGACCUAAGGAUUAUCCCAGGCAAAUGGAGGGGUCGUCCCUACCUGCUCCUGGUAUCCCAUGUGUCAUUUGGAUGUACAGGGAUGAUCCCAGGACAAUCCCGGGAUAUAGGCCUGGUCUAGCCAUGGCCCAAGAGCACUUUGGAUACUACUACAGUCUCCACAGUUGUCUGUCUUUCUACACAAUCAACUGUGGACAACUCUAGGGCUGCCACAGGCUCAGCCAUUUGCACUGCUGGCUUCCUGCUGUUAGCAAAGGCAUGUUUCAGGACUUCUUUCCAGGAACGCUUCUGUUUCCAGUUGACCGUUGCAGUGCUGAGCCACAGGCAGCUCCUAAAGAUAUCUCCUAAAGGAGUGGUUGAAGCCCCUUCCUUUGAUUUUGUUGCCUUUAACUCCAUGGUGUGUGUUCUUUUGGGGUUUGGCUAUGAUCAGCUCUAAAAUGAAGAAGCUGAAAUGGGGUUCACCUCAACUCAUGCAUAUCCGACAGCAUAUGGAACCUCCUUCUGUGGAGUGCUUUAAUUGCUGCUCCCCUUCACCACGUCCCAACACUGACAGAUGGUUUGCUGGAAUAUCCUUUCUGCAAAUGGAAGUAACUUCGCACCUAAACUAUCAGAGCGCUUUUUAAAAACAGUUAGGGGUUCUCAUAGCUAACAUUCCAAGAUGCAAAAGAUGCCAGAAUAGGUUGAUAGAAAACUAACUGAAUAAAAUGUGUGUUCUCACCCAGUGGUUUAUAUUCCUCCCAGCAGACAAGAGACUGGUAGCAUUUGAACUGCUAUACUGGCCCUGUGCCAUAAUUGUCUCCAUGAUCCAGCAAGGGCUACCUGCUGAUCUUUUGUGCCUGUGACCUUGGAAAAAAUAAAGCAGUGCUUUUUCUCAGAGAAAAGGCAAGGUUAAAAUGUUUUUGUUUUGUUUUUGCUGGGUGACUUAAUUGUAGAUAAAAUUGGCUUUUUUAAAAAAUAAAAUAAAAACCAGUAUGAAAAAAAUAAGAAUGUGAGCUAAUGUUUUAAGUGAAACUACAGAAUCUUAACUCUAAUUCCUGCAGAGAUACGAGUUCUUAAAAACCAUUUGUUUAAAGAAUGGUUUUUAAUGCAAUGAAGUAUAUAUCUCUCCUCUUGCUUGGCCUUCUUUUAAAAAAAUAUCUCUGGUAUCCUACCACAUAUUCAUCACAGAACAAUUUUUCUGCAGUAAAACAUUCUCUCCCCACACCCUUUUGGUGCUACUGAACUGUUUACAUGGGAGCAGCCCUUUUACUACCUGUUUAGAAGACACCCCUUAUUUGCUAAGCCCUGGUCUGAAACAUUUGGUACAAGCCCUGCCCUCUUCUCUACAUCAGUUGUGACUCUGAUAACUUACUCUCUGCUUUCCUGCAUUACAUGGUAUACAGGUGGCAUUUUCAAUGUGAAUCCAAAGCUUGUCAGGUCCUUUACAUUUUGUUUUGCCUUUUAUGUUCUUUUCAUUGUGAUAAUGCUGUAUUUAAAGAGGAUAUUUAAGUGUAAAAAUAAAGAAAUGCUUGAACUUGCA